UUCGGCGGAUUCGGCUCGGUUCCUCCAUCACCGCGAGAUAUUAACAUCAGAUGACAUUGAUCAGAUGACAGCCACUUAUCUCACAGUUUACCGGCAGAAAGUGUGUCGGCUGUCGGUUUGUGUCUGAAGCGCAAACAUGGAAGAGAAGAGUCUGGUCCUCGAGGGUCUUCCGGCUGAUUUCGCCCGUGUCAGAUCAAAGCUCCAGCUUUAUUUUAAGAAUAAAAGAAGAUCUGGAGGAGAGAUCGUGCAGAUUCGAGAACAUCACGAGGACAAGCGAAAAGCGCUUCUGGUUUACAUGAGCGACGAUGAUCUGAAGAAGGUGCUUGACAAAAGUGUGCAUAAAGUUGAUCUGAAACCUCAUGGAUCAGUGGAAGUGACCGUGAAACUCCCAGAAGACCCUGCGAUCAAGAAGACCAAACCACCAGUGCUUCCAAAACCCACCCCCGAGAGAUGCCUGCCCCUCAGAUCACUGCCCGCUCCAGCCAGACAGGUGUCUCCCGUCAGAAAGCCUGCAACAGCAAUUACAGCUCAUAAAGAAGAUGAGGAGGAUUCAGAAAUACCAGAUCUUCUCAUUAACACCUCUGGUUCAGUUGAGAAGGAAACCCUUCAGAUGUAUUUUGAGCAGUUCACAGAGCAGUUUGAGCUAGCUAAGCACGGGAAUAACAGCUGGAUCCUGAAGCUCUGGAGCCAGUCAGAUUUAGAGGAGAUUUUGGGCCAGAAAGAGCACGGGUUUGGUAUAACGUUAGCAGUGUAUAAAGGAGGAGGUCUGGGAGAGCAGCUGGACCCGCGCCGCUUCAUCUUGACUGGCUUUGAUGGAGCCACAGACUGCAGGAUGAUCUCAGUGUUCAUCGGCAGCUGUAGCAAGACCACAGAGCACACCUGGGAGACGCUUGAUGCGGACAGGAUCGUUGUCACCUUCAAACACGAUAUCGAUGUGACGUCAUUUCUACGGAAAUGCACCUCGAGGCAGCUGCAGGGUCGAGACAUCGGAGUGACCCGUGUGGAGCGGACGGACUCGGUUCUGGUCCAGGGAGACUUGGAGAAGCUCACUGAAGAUGUUCUCACACUUUACUUCAGCAACAAGAAGAGGAGCGGAGGAGGAGACGUCCAGUCCUUCAUCUGGAUCAACAGACGAAAGAGUGCGGCCAUCACCUUCGGAAACUGUGACGAUGCGCAUGCAGUGGUGGAACAAACACACAAUGUUUGCGGCACAGAAGUUCACGCUUCACUGUUCUACUCAAGUUUACAAAAGGCUUUAACUGGAGAAAAACCAACCCUGACUGAUAAAAUAUCC